GAGCUGGAGAAGCAGAAGAGGAAGAUGCUUCACAAUCGUUUGGUGGAGCUGAAAGGGAACAUCAGAGUUCACUGUCGGAUCCGUCCUCCGUUGCCUUUCGACAAGGAGUUUGAUGAUCUAACCUCACAGGACGGGGACUAUGGAAUAAAGCAGGGGCGUGAGAGAAAACGUUUCCAGAGGACGUGAAAAGGAAGGAGGAGAGGGGAAACUGAGGAACGGGGAGAAAAUCAGAGACGUUGAUACAAGAGCUCGGUGCCUGCAGGAGUGGUCCAUGCCAUUGAUGACGAGGAAAAAAAAAGCCCAGUCAGAAUGUGCGACACUUCGCAGGACGACUGACCCGACUUCUCUGAGAAAUCGGGAACACCAAGAAGGGAGACAGGACCAGAAGGAGAGACGCACCAGGCUUGUGAUCACAGCACCUGAACAAGCCAGCUGUAAGCCACACGUUCUGGGGACAGCCAGAGAAACUGGAAUACGUAUGGGGUCAUGUUAACUUCAGACAGUGAGAUUAGUAACGUAUGGUGGGCAUGCGGAGAAAAGAGUCCUCAUGGGUUGAAUCCAGUGAUGAUGCUGUCCGAUAUUUUAUUUAAAAUAUGCCAGAGAACUGGCAGGUGAGUUGAGCACGUGUGUAAAACCAGAUGGACCAUGUGUCAGCGAGGCUGGGGGACGGCCCGUUAUCCUAUUGCCCCCUGUUUUGUGCGUGUUUGAGAGUCUCCAUCAAUGAAAGUUAAAAAUCUGCUGGGCUUCUGCGUCCAAGCAGCGUGUCCUGACCGUGGCGGCAUGAGCGUAGGAAGCACGUGGGAUGUGAACUCUCAGUGGCCUCUAGACGUGGGCCGUGUGGAGGCUGCACAUGGCUGCCCCCCACCUCACCACCGCCACAAGGUGGGCCGUUGGCAUGCGUCCUGUGCUGGUCGCCUGCUGUAACCUGCAAGGACUCUUCAGUCUGCGGAUUGACGGCUUCGUUUUCUACAGAGAGGUCCGGGGAACGGCUGGAGCCCUGUUAAACACCCCGACGGGCGACGGAAAUGCCUUGUCCUUUCCGUGGGGUUUACCUGGUCCUCGCAGGGUGGCUGGCACCCUCUGCUGCAGCUUCUGGAGGAAGCGGAGACGUGCGGACUCGCCGCAGGAACUCUGGCGUCUGCCCCCCGGGAACGCCCCAGCUCUGCUGAGAUGAGGUGGUAACUCCGUCCACUCGGUUUCUAAUGCCCGAAAUGGAGUCACCAUCGACUCUCACCCUAUCAGCGCUCAGCAGAUCCUGGUUCUGCAGGAAUCCCCUCCCUGGGUCUCACUUACUCCAUUCCCAUCGUCUUUGCACUCAGGGCUGCGCUCCCCUCCCUGGAGCUUCUUCUUUGAUGAACGACGAAUUUGAUCUGAAGUUUAGAACUGUGGGCCCCUGAGGUGCCGCUGGGCCUGACUCCGCUGCCAACACGUUAUACAGAUGGAAACCAUCCUGGUGAAAUGUGAUCGGCCUGCUCACCCUUUGAUUAAUAAGACGUAUAAUUUCGAGAGAGUUUAUGGCCCAGCAGAAUCUCAGCAAGUGGUAUUUGGGGAUGUGUGCCCGCUGCUUACAUCUCUCUUAGAUGGGUACAACGUCUGCGUUCUGGCUUAUGGACAGACAGGAUGUGGCAAGAGCUACACCAUGUUGGGUCCACAUUCUAAGGAGGCACGCAUCCCCCCAUGGGGCCCGCACAGUGACCUCGGAAUCAUGCCCAGGGCUGCUGGAGAGCUCUUCAGGCUUAUUUCAGAAAACCCAUCAAAGAGCCUGAAGGUCGACGUGUCCAUAGUGGAAGUGUAUAAUAACGACAUUCUUGACCUUCUGGCCAAAGAGCGCCGCACGGAGGUGUCUGGGCCCAAGCGUGACGCGCCGACAAGCAAGGCAGCAAAGCGGGAGGUCUCUCCGCCAACCCGGCACCUCACCGGGAUCCCAUUAUCGCUGAAAGGGUUCACGGUGUUGUUGCACUUAGGGUGUGUCGUGCAUUUUUCAGUUUGCUUUAGAAAUUAUCUUUUUAAAAUCACAGUUGAAACAGACACGUUAAUUAACCUUUUAAAAUAUCUUGAUGACAAAUGUGUGACAGGUCCCAUCCUCAUAUUCCAGAUGAGGGAGCGAGCUUGGAGAAGUGGACUUCCCCACGGUCCCGCCAUUAAGCCCGUCCACAGUGCGGAGGACUUCAUCGCGCUCGCCGCCGGAAGCCUGCAGCUCAGGGCGCAGCUCGCCACCCAAGUGCACGCCCGUUCUUCUAGAUCCCACCUGAUAAUAACGGCCACUCUCACCGCAGCCUCCCCCUGCGACAGCCCCGCUGACCGGCAGUCACCUGGACCACCGCUCGAGGGGCGGCCAGCCUGGGGCAGAGUGUCGCCCGGGUCCCCGGGGGCCCAGCGACCCGCGGAACAGGUGCAUGCCAAGCUGCAGCUCGUGGACCUGGCGGGCAGCGAGUGUGUGGGUGUGUCUGGAGUGACAGGAUCGGCCCUGAGGGAGACUUCGUUCAUAAACCGGAGCCUGGCGGCCCUCGCGGACGUCCUGGGGGCCCUGUCGGAGCGCAGAGGCCACAUCCCAUACCGCAACAGCCAGCUCACCCACUUUCUCCAGGACGUUCUUGGAGGUGACGCAAAGCUCCUGGUGAUUCUGUGCGUGUCCCCCUGCCGGACGCACGUGGCAGAAACGCUGCGGUGCCUGGGGUUUGGGGCCCGGGUGAGGCAAGUGCAGCGAGGCCAAGCUGGAGGGGGCAGUGUAGCCCCCCGGAAACCCAGGAACCAGUGACACGCUGACCCGUCAUCAGGGAGCAGGAGACGCCCAGCAAGAAGCGGGGGGGACGGGGACAUGGCGGCCGAGCAGGAGCUGUGCUGUCUGCCGACCAGCAGGGAAGGUGCGCAGACCAGACGAUCCGGGGUCGGAGUGCAGUUCCAGAACCACAGCCCCGGGCUCUCGUGCCGGCCGCCUGACCCGGACACUUUCCUCAGCCCGUAAAGCCCCGUUCCCUCGUCUGUAAGACGCCGGGUGUGCUCAAACACGCCACCAAGAGCAGAUGUUUCAUGUUAUUGCUCCUCCUCGUAAUGACCCAUCGUCCCAAGCCGACGUCCCAGCGCUGGCCAUGACGCGUGACACGUGGCGGGCCACAGGCUCUCAGCGUGGGGGCCGUGCGUGGGAUCCAGGGGCCCCGGGAACUCGGAUGCGGUGCGAGCUCCCGCCCCGACCGGGGGCCGCGCGCAGAUGCGGUGUGCGUGUCUCGGUGUCAGCCCGGCAGCGCGGACUCCUUGGGUGGAAGCCGCUCCGAGCCGCGCCCACGGGCGUGCGGGCCUCACAGACCAACAGGACGCGUGGCCAUGCCCUCACCACACGUGCGGCUCUGGAAGUGAGGCUCAGACACAGGUCCCCGUUGAUGCUUCCGGAGCACAAGUGGCUUAAGUGUGAGGAAAACCCGUUCAGACCUCAGCCUGUUUUAUGUAAGAGUGAGCAAAAUGUGUUUUCUAGCGAUUAGCACGAACCCAGCAGGCCUGCUCCGUGCGUGUGUCUGCGGGGACGGUGUGCGUGGCCCUGAGGGAGGCAUGAGGACCCACGCCUGCCUCAGUCCCCCCGGGGUGCAUCCAGGGCCUCGCUCCUCACCGGCCUUCCCGUUCCUUCCCGCACCGCCCGGGACCCAGUUCCUGCCAGACUCCGGGACACGGGGUGCAAGGCUGGGCCCGCUGCAGGUCACGGGGCGGGGCGUCCCCCGCGGGAGAAGGACGCCACAGAGGGCGGGGUGGGGCCGGGUCAUGUAGACGAUGGGGAGGGUGACAGAUUGAUCGGCUGCUAGAGGACAGACCACGGUGAGCGCGCCUGGGCGUGUGCGCGCCCCAUGAGCGGGACGGAGACCGCAGCACGUGGACACAGUGUUCCAGUCCUGACACAAACGUUGUCAGCGGCACGGCUGCCGGGGACACGAUUUCCCAAAAAGCUGAAAACUCAGCAAAGUUACAGACAGAUCCGUUUUAGAGGCUCUGACACGGAGAGACUCCCCACCGCGGAGUCGGGUGACGGGGACAGAACCCACCCCUGUCCGUGAGGGCGGCCCCAGACCGGGUGUGCGCCCGGGAGCCCCUCCACACCAGCCUGUGCGGGACGCGUUGCUGCCAUCCCAAGGCAGGUAGGGGACCGCCAGGGCCGGCUGGAGAGUGACCACGCGGGUCCUCGGCCACUCAUUGGGGCGCGGCCCACUGCCCGCCGAGAACAGUCUUUCUUCCUUGCAUGUGCUGUGAGUGGCCACCUCUGCACCAUCCAUGCCCCCUGCAGCCCAGCGUCCUGUGCCCGCCGCCCCGGACGCCCCCUCAGGACGGUCCUGCGAGACGGUCACGGGCCUCUGGAAGCUGAGGCAGUUACGGCCGACAGGGCAGGGACAGGGCAUUUGGGGCAGGCGGAAAGCGUGCACACAGGAUGCGUGCUCAGGGCCCCUGUCUGCAUGUGGCCAUGGCUGUGGCCGUGUGAGCCCCCAGGCCUCGGGGUGGCCGAGCGCCAGCCUCAGAGCCGCCGCUCCGCGUUGGCGUGAUGACCGUGCAAGCCUCGCCUCCGACUGGGCGUGUUUGGCAGAGGCGGAGAACACUUCAUCGUGGGGGAAGUGGGAACUGAGCUCGGCCUCGCGGCCCCUGUCACCGUCGGGACGCCAGAGCGCGUCCCAGGGCUUCAGGGCCUCACGGAUUCCCGGACCUCCCCUGCCGCCCGCGCACAGCCUGCCUCUGUCUCGGCCGCCCCCGGGGCCUGUGUCUCCCAGAGGUGGGGGCCCGCGUGUGGAGGAGGGGGGGCACGUGGAGCCUGUGGCCUUUGGCCCCAUCGCUGGCACGCAGAGAGGCCCUGCCCCACGUGCCCUGACAACACGGGGCGCUCUGGGAAGGUGCCUCCCAGCCCUGCCCCUCCCGUCACCGGCCGAGCGGCCCACCUGUGCCCCCCACAUCCUCCUGCCCCCCGGCUCCCUUCUCCUGGCUGCCCCUGCCCUGGGACAGAGCGGCCCGACCUUCCUCAGACACAGUUCAAGCCACUGUGCCGAGGACGCGCUGUCGCGCGCUCCUGGGUCCGCGUGCACAGGUACCCCCGCGCCCCUCGGGGCUUGCCUCCCGCAUCCUUGGGGCUGGCUCGGUGCCCCCACCCCCCAGGGUAUUUCGGGGAUACUGAACAGCCAGCACCAGUCGCAUCCCCCCUCAAUGCGCAUUUUCCGCUUGCGCGGUGGCCUCAACCCUUGGCCCUGAGCCACUGGGUCCGGGGCAACAGUGUAGGAAGGCCCGGGGCUGCAGGGAGCAAGGGCCGCGGGCGUCAGCGGGCAGGGUCUGCGGCACACUGUCUGGGAGCAGCCGCUGAGGCUGAGGGUGAGCGCGGGGCCAGGGCGGGUACAGCCGGGGGUCUCCUGCGGGAGACAGCGAGGCGACCCAUUGCUGUGAGGUAAGUACUUGGAUAAAAGAGCAUCCGGUCCGAACUUUUAAAAAGUGUGAGGAGUACAAAGGGUCCCGAGACCCCAGGGCCCCUCCCCCGCCCCUGCACUGAACCCCAGGCUGAAUUCGGGGUGAGGCCCCUGGCGCUCUUCCGCCUCCCAGCAGGCCCGCCUUGGCCUUCCUUCGCCACGUCCUGGAAGCCACUCUGUCCCCGCCCGGGGAGGCGGUAACCUGUGAACCACUGCCCUCCCAAACCCGACCCGCGUGCCCCUUGGGGCAAGGGAGCCAACCCUUUCUGGCGAGUCAGUGGGUUUUAACCACUUACGGUUAAAAACAUCUUCAUUCUGCAAAUUUUAGAAAACCACAUAGUCACGUGCGGAUGGGGCCCAAGGCCGAAACUGAUGGGCCUCGUGGUCCCCCUGCUCCCCUCCUGGAGCCCUUGGCCACUGUGCCCGGGGCCUGGCUCCUCUCUAAGAGCCCCAGGUCCCCUGGACGGACGCCCUGGUCCCCGGGAGUCAACCCUCUCUUCUCCUCUGCCGAGCCUCCAAGCCCACGCAGCGGCUCUGGGGCGGCCGGCCACGGAGUGAGUAGGCUUUUCUGCAGAAAGGACGUCCUGUGCUCUAGAUUCUGUCUCCCAAGGAGGUGGGCCUAGGUGACCCAAGGGCCACAGGGCAGAGUUCACCAAACCAAAGUGAAGGUUAGACAUGCCCUCUAGACUCCUGGGUCCAUGACUUCAAUGGGCUGUGGGUCCCCGAGGGCCACAAGCCCCUUGCACUGGCAGCCGGCCCAAACAGAACUGCCCCAGGUCCACUUGUGACGUCCUGCAUCCCAGCAGGGUGGCAGCCAUGCUCCCCAGCGCGCACCCGACUCCCCCGGCCUCACCCCAGGGCAGGAGGGGUCGCAGCGAGACCAGGCAGUUGGCCCAGGGAACUGCAACAAAACAGCCCUCGGGGUUUCUGUGACUCUAGACCUGGUGACUCGGCCUCUGGCCUCCAUCCAAACCUGGCCCAGGCCUGGCCUCCACUUUCCUGAGCCAUCUGCCCACUCCUGGGGCCCGGAGGGAACCUGGGUGGGCUUCCUUUCAGCCCCGCGGCUGUGGUGCAGGACCCUGUUCCCCUGGCCCACCACACCCCUGGGGGCCACACGACCCUCCCCACUGGUGGUCACCAUGGUCUCAGAGUGUAGAUGAGUCAGCCUACUUAGCAGCCCCACGCCAGCCCUGACCUGUGUCUUCUCACAAACCAUGCGUCCCUACUAGUUAAGACCCAUUUUCCAGGAAAACAUCUGUUUUGCCUGAAAGAAAAAGUCCUAAUCUGCACAAAGGAGAAGCUAGUAUUUCUGACUUUCCGGCCACUCUUGCCUCCGCCGUGUGUGUCAGGCUUUCACUUUUUCUGGGUGGGCAGGAGUGGGGAGGGCUGGAGAUCACUUGCCCCGGGCCCCUCUUGGCCUCUAAUUGUGCUCCCCGCUCACCCAGCAACCCAAGAUUACCCGGUGGUUAACAGACACUUGGCAUAAUUUUCCUUGUCUGUCCAUGGGGCCUGGAGGAAGGAUAGAAAUAGGAGCCCCUCCCAGGUUCUGGUGGUUUCUCGGGGUCAGCCAGCGGUCCCUGCUGCCCCAUCUGCCAAGGACACAGGGCAGGGCCCUGGCCUCCCUCUGGCCCCGGCCAUCCUCAAGUUACGGAUGGGUGGGAUCAGGGGUGAUGGAAGACGGAGUCUGGGUGUGAGCCCCGACUUGCACCAAGAGGAGCUGGUCAGAACCACAUGGCCCUGAGCACGCCAGGCUGGUCCUGCCCAGGCCCGCCCCCCACAUGCCCACCCUCCCGGCCCCCCCCCCCCCCCCCCGCCCCGGGCCUGGGGCGGCGCUGGGCAGAGGCUCACGGCGUGUGUCCAGCGCCCUCUUGUGGCAGCUGGGGAGAGGUGCGGCGUCCCCCAGGGCCGGCCGCCAAGCCCUGUCCAUUCACCACGUCCGCUCACCCUCGUGUGUGCACGCGUGGGCCUGUGUGCGGGGGCCGGCCCCGCAGGCUCAUUUCUGCCCCACCCAACACCUUCUUUGCGCAGUAGCCAGUCAGUCCGUGGGGCUGAGCUCUCGUGCCCACGUUUUCUUUGUAGGAAAAUAAUCCCCAUAGACCUCAGGUCAGAGCAAACACAACCCCAUUUGUUACUAUGGCGACUGGUGUUAGUACGACUUUGGAAAAUCACGGGAAGCAGGAGCCCCAGACGGCUCUGGACGCCCUCCUCCCAUCCUUCAGGCCCCGACCUCCUGCUGCCUGGCUCAGGGGCCCUCCCUCAGACUUCUCUCUUGUGGCCGCUAGGCUGGGUGCCCUCGGUAGCCCGGGGCCCGGGUACUUCCUGCACAGGGACCAGACGGGCAGCCAGCAAGCCUGCCCCACCACCCUGACCCCGGCCGGCACCUGCCUAGGGCUGGCCCGUGACGUCGUCUACAGGGAGCCUGGGUGCCCACAGGGACCCCUGCUAUCCGGCCCCGCCCCGUCCAUCCCCCACGGCAGAACUGCCCCUUCGGCAACUCCAGGCCACAGAGGAGGGGGUAGAGCAGCCCUGCUUCUCUCCGAGGAGCACACUUGGUAAAUAUGAGCUCAGGGGGCAUGAGUGGCCCCCCACGGUCCCGUCCGGGCGGUACCACCAGGCGGCACGCAGGAGAAGCCCUCAGCCUCCUGGCCCGCCCAGCGCAGGCUGGUUCAAGCGUCCGAGGCAGGUGUGGAUUUAGGUCUUUAUUACACGUGCGCGCUGUGUACAAACACAAGAUGUGCUUUCACAGAAAGGAUCAGGAAGCCCAGCCCGGGCAGCGUCAACCUCGCUGUGCGUGUGUGCACAUGCGUGCCCACACCCCCACGCGUGCACACGCGCACGCCCCCACACGCGUGCACAUGCGUGCACACGCACACACACGCAUGCGCCCCCCACACGUGCACACACGCUCACGCACACACACGCACACAGCGGCUCACAAGCUCCGCCCUGCCUCUCCAAAUGAGCCUGAGCUGAGCUCCCGCGCCCAGGUGGCCUUCCCAGCGCGAGCACGAGACACGGGGAGCUGUCCCGGCCACAGGGCUGUGUGGCGGGGGGCCCCCCAUCACCCGCGGAGUACUCGGGACCACCAGACAGGCACAAGUCCGUCCAUCUAGAUCAAGGGGCAGCAGGUGUGCGGGUGCGGAUCCUGUGCAGGGGAGAGGCCAGAGGGGCCCAGGUAGAAUGAGCCGGACCACAACCGGAUGUCCAUUGAGAGCCUCAGGCUCGGGGCUUGUUACGACCGUCUCAUAUCCCACCUGCUCCAGAGCAGCCUCUCUCAGGGUCUCUGGAAGGGAUGCAGGGGCCCAGCUCGGGUUAGGAGGCAGUGACAUCAGCACAAGCCCUGCUCUUCCACCUGGGGGCACAGGCGCUAGUCUGCUAACAAGCACCCCGUGCACCGGCGGGCUCAGCCCAGCGACCCUGCACCAUCCAGAUGGCGGCCGGCUCCAGGAAGGCCACCUGCAAGCAGGGCCUGGAGGUGGGUGGGGGCAGCGUGCCUCGGCCCUAGGGAAGCCACCCUGCCUUUGCAAGGAAAGCACAGCCAUUAAUCACGGGGAGUCCUCCCAGCUGUAGCUGCAGCCGCAGCGCUCCUGAGCCACGCGGUCCAACCGCAAGCUGGCCGCUGGGGCCGUGCACCUGCCAGCACAUGCUGCCUGCUCCCUGGCCUCUGAGUGCACCGAUGUACAGCCCUGAGUGAAGGUCAGCUGUCCCUCAAAAGCACACUUUCCCAGAACUUGCUACCGCGUGUAAAACCACCGGGCUGUUAAGGUGGUGUGAAGCUGGGAAGAACCUCUCCAACCCCAGAUGUGGAGGAUGGGUCAGGUGCAGAGCGUGGGGCUGGGGCUGGUCCCUGCUCCGCCCCAUCUCACCUGCAGUCUUCUGAGCCCUAACGGUGACCAGCGCUGUCCCAGGCCAGGAGCCCUGGCUGCUCCCGUGUGACCUGUGAUGGGAAACGACCGGAACACGGGCUCUGUCUUGGGGCGCAGAGUGAGGAAUAUUCAGAAUCUAGAUCGCGGCUUCACUGGUUGGCCUAGUUGCCUCUCUGGCCUUACGGGCUCCACAGGGACCAGGAGUCCAGAUGAUCCUGCGGCUCCAGCCAUGGUGCUUCCCGUGGUGUCCGCACCCUGUGGGUGGCGGACACGUCUAGACACGUCUGGGGCGAAAGCUGGGCCCACAACUCACAGAGAGGGAUUGCAAACAGAGUGGUCUAGCGGAAGCCGGUGGCCAAUGCAAUGACAAGUGACCAUGCCCUGGGUCAAAGACUCCCAGAAGGCUGUGCACUUAGCCCGACCAUCCAUCAGGGUCAGUGCGGAGAGAACCCGAAGGGAAUAGCUAACAUAUCUUCCUUCCCAGAACAGAUGGGGCGGUGCUACCCGAGGGGCCAGCACGGUCCGCCCCUCAAGCCUGAAGACUGCAUGGUCAAGAAGACUUGACUUCUACCUCCUGGUGACCCAGAUGGAUGGAGCUGGGACCCGUCAUUGUUGGCACGAGAGUGGGACCUGCUCAUCCCCUCCAGGCCUGACAUGAGAACCUGCUCCACACACUGACAGGUGAACGCACAGGGGGAAGGGGCUGGGGCGGGGGGCGGACCUCGGUCAGCCAGGCGGUGGCAGGAGCCUCAGGAGCAGGAGGGGUGAGGGCCAGAGGCCGUCCUGAUGUGGGAGGCUGCUGAGGUGUGGAUGAGGUGUGGGCGCGGUCCUGCUGGGUAGACAGAGCCCCAUGUGGACGGGACUUGCCGUGCGGAUGAGCCAUGCUGUGUAGAUGCAGCCAAGCUGUGUAGACGGAGCCCGGGGCGGACGAGCCGUGUCUUGUGGAUGCAGCCGUGCCGGGUGGACAGGCUGUGCGGCGUGGAUGAGCCCCAAGUGGGCAGAGCCACAUCUGCAGUUGUCCCCACCACAGACUCCUCUGGGGCUGGUCGCCCCUGCUCACUGCAGAGGUUCCCGGCGGAGCGUGGUCCCGGCUGCCGUGGUGUGGGCCUGCCUCUGGUAGGGGGUAGUGUGCGUGCAUUCUGCCUCUCCACCUCCAGCCACCCCCGCAAUUCUGUCCUCCCUGAGCACGCACACCAGCACCCCUAGCUGGGGAUGUCCACACGACCCCUUCUGCCUCUGGCCCCCAGAGUCCCUCAUCCGGAGGCUCCCGCCUUGCCCUGUCCUCACUGCACCCUGCUGGGCCCACUGUCUACACGGCCCCCUUCUCCUGUCCCCCCCGUGCCCCCGAGGCCACAAGCUCUGUGGGCAGGAGUGGGGCAUAGGCCGUGGCCCCCCUGUCCUCAGCCAGGACAGCUCAGGGAGGGAGCGGCUCCUUCUGCGUGGGCUCCUCCCUCCCUCUCCUAUCCUGGAGGUGACUCCUACAGCUGGUGCCUGGGUCCCCUCUGGGGCCCUGAUGCAGAGCCCACCCCAUCCCGAGGGGCUGCUGGAUGGGGGGCUCACAGCCCUGGGCUGUUUUCUUCCUUUGAACUGGUCGGACUUGGUUACUAUUGGAUAGAUUUUAGGAAUAAGAUCUGGAAGCAUCCUCGGAAGUCAAGAACAGCUUCCCACCCCCAUUUCCUGGGUGAGGAAGCCUGUCCGGUGCUGGGGCUCAGAGGCGCUGCCCCGGGUCCUGUCCAGGUGGGGGCCCAGCUAGCCCCCACUACUUUGCAUCCCGCAGGGUGAGUUCACCGCUGCAGAGGGGCCACGUGGGGCCGGUGGAUACAGGCUGUCUCGUCGCCCUUUUGGGGGUACGUCCUGUCUGCCGUCUCUGGGCCGUGAGCCCCCAGCUGCACUGGGAGCUGACCCUGCCCAGGCACUGUGGCUUCUCUCCCCCUCCUUGGUCUAGCUUCGUCCCUCUCUGGGAGUCACAUCAGAGCCUAAUAUUCUCUCUGUCCAGGGCACCACCCCCAGGUCAGGCCCAGCAAGGCGGGGAACCCCCAGCCCAUAACCAUUGGCCGCCGCCGCCGUCCGCAUGGGGCACGUGGUGGGACGACCCUGGUGCGCUCGGGUCACCCCGGCCGAGCCCUGACGCUCGCACCCUCGGCCACAGGACAGGGCAGGGAAGGGCGGGCUGCAGCAGGGGGCUGGAAGAGCAGGCGCGCGGUCGGCAGCCCUGCCACAGGUUCUUAGCACGCUCUCCCUGCACGCCUCCUCCCUGCGCACAAACACUAGGCAGCUGAACCCCGCCGCCUCAGCUGGGCACCGAGGGCUUAAAGGGUCGCUGUGAUGUGCGGCGGGGGCGGGAGGCCCGGGGGAGCUGUGCGGACAGACAGACACACAGACAGGCUGAGCCUUGGAGCUCCGAGCUCCCUCCCACCCCUCACCCUUCAACCCCCGUUAGUUACUGGGACAGAAGUGCCUGUGAUUUCCUUGUCUGUCUGUCUGCCGGGUGGCUCAUUCCCAGCCCUCGCGUGGUGAUGGUAAAAAGCAGACUGGCUUUCCGUGCACUUUCUUGUUGUUUCUGCAUCCUGCUGCUUGUGCCAGAGCAGACCCUCUGCCGCCUCUGGGGCCCCAGACGUCCCGGAGGGCACCUGGCAGGCAGAGGGGGGCAACUCUGCUUUAGACCAAGGUGCCGCUGGGGUCCGGUGUGGGAGCAGGGGUCUGCCACUGGAGGAGGAGAAGACCUCACACAGCUGGAGCCCGGGCGGGCGGCGGGCAGUGCUGGCCGGGGCCACAGCCCUCGGCAGGGGCCCUUCGUCAUUUAUUCAGGGGACCUGUGCUGAGCCCACUGACGGGCGGCCAGAGGUGCCGUUGUCCUCACUGAGAAGAGAAGCAAAGGCAACUGCCUCCUCAGCAAUGACGUUCCAUCCCUCCAGCUGCUUGGGACACAAAACUGGGGGUCACCUUUCUUUCUCCCCUCGACCCCAAGUCCAGACAGUAGCAAAUCCUGAUGGUUUUCCCUUCGAAACACCCCCUCACCUACCUGCCCACGUAUCCCCGUCCACCCCCUGCUCCACACCUCUCUCGUCUCGCCCCCUGGACUCUGACAAUGGGCUCCCAGAGUCUCCGCUUCCAGACUUGCCCACCAUACCCAACACCUCAGCCUCCAGAAUCUUGCUGAUCAGGGGGCAAAUCACCACACUCCUGCCCAAAGUCCAAAAAUGACUCUCACCUCCCUCAAAGAAGCCAGAGCCUGAAAGUUAACUCCAAGGGCUGGCCCUGUUUGCUCUCUGGCCUCCCUGCCUUCCUGCCCCAGGACCUUUGCAUGUGCUGUUCUUCUGCAUGGAAGGCUCUGUCCUGUACAUCUGCCUGGCUUUCAGAAAUCAGCUCACAUGUCUCCUUGUUGGGGAGGCCCGUCCUGACUCCCAGCGCACACUGUCCUUCACAGCUGAGCGUAACUAGACACGUUUUUCUAUUGUCUCUCUCCCCCCGCUGGAAGGAAGCUCCCUAAAGUCUGAUUCACUGCUGCAGCCCCACUGUAUGUACUCAACAAAUAUGUGUUGGGCUAAAAAAAAAAAAAGCCACUACCUGCCUAAAAUAUUUGCCAAUUUGAUUCAGUGAUCCUCUUAGGUGGGCUAUUGAUGCCAUUGUGCAGAUUUGCAAACUGAGGCUCACAGACUGGCUCUGGAAUCCAGGCCUUGGGCUUCCACCCAUGGCUUUCCUACCAAUUUCACUUCUGGCCUGCUUGCUGGAACGCAGUGUUGUCAAGAGGCCCUUUCUUGCCUGGUCUGCCAACUCCCACAGGCCCCAGAGGGAGCUGCAGCUUCUCCCAGGCGCGGGUGGGGUCCCUGGGUCCAUCUCUUCAUUGCCUUGGGCUCAGUAGGAAAAAGGUGUCCUGUGAACUACAAGGUGUUGUCAUCACUGAUGUGUGCUGCCAACUUUCCAAGGACUUGAUGGAAGAAGACUAAGGACAUCGCAAGUCUUUCCUGGUUAUUAAGACAACUUCUCAGAAACUAAUACGUUAUCGCAAAGCCACACACCCGACAUCAGAGCUGCGGGGUGGCAGAGACCCUGGGGCAAGCGGCCUGGAGGCCCAGUGCUUCCAGACUCAUCACCAUGUUUCUGUUAACCCCCAACACGCAAUGGGACUGCGAUGGCUCUCCUCGUGUCUUGCUGAUUACCUGCCUUGCUCACUGACCAGCUCCUCACAGCACAGUGCGUGUGUCCUGGCGGCUGUGUCCCCAUGGCCAUGACAAAGGUCUGAGCUAAAGUAAGUUCUCAGUAAUGACCCACUCAAUGGGUGGACACCUGGCCCAGGUAGAAGGCCACCACUAGGGUGGCCCCACGGCAGCUGUCCCAUGAGGCAGACCGGCCAAAGAAGAGACGAACAAAGGCAGCCUUGAUGUGUAUGGAGCACGCAGCAUCCAGUCCGGGAAGAUGGUUUUUAGGACCCAAAGCUGUUAGAACUCAAUAUCGCAGUCUUCACACGUGCUCCCCCACCUCAGAGCUCAUGGUCACAGUCAUCAUAUGUGCUCCUCCACCUCAGAGCUCAAGGUCAUGGUCAUGUGUUCUUCCACCUCAGAGCUCAAGGUCAUGGUCUUCACACGUGCUCCCCCACGUCAGAGCCCAAGGUCACGGUCAUCAUAUGUGUUCCCCCACCUCAGAACUCAAGGUCACAGUCAUACAUGCUCCCCCACCUCAGAGCUCAGGGUUGAGAUCAUCACUCAUGCACUUCUAGCCUGUCAACUGCAAUGAACCAACUCCAGGGUUUUCACUUGCUCAAGGUGGUAGCUGUAUCCCACAAAUGUCAACCAAGACAAACUCACAGUCUUUUCACAGAACCUCCGAUGAGGUUCUUAGAUCUUUGCAGCAAACAAACAUGGGAUUUCGAGGCUGAGUCUUUGGAACUCUUUAGAGACUCUGCAUUUGUUUGGAGUAAAAUGAAUGUAAUCUAGACCUCCAUGGUUAGACUCUCUGAACAGCCACCUGGAGAGCUGCUUCAUAACGAUCCAGAACCUUCUGCUCCUCACUUAGGAAACUGAGUUCAGGUGCAAGUAAACCGCAACUGAAGAGGCAAACAAACCCCUUUUGUUAGAGGGUAAAAUGAAAAGGUUUUUGGCUUCGUUGUGUUUCCAGUCCCAUCUGUCGAGCAGCAUGGUGCUGCGUCGUCAUGGUAAACAGCAAUCCUCGGUGCCUGCUGUUCAGCCGGGUCCCUCUUAAGAGAUGCAUGUGUUGUACAGAUGACCCGGGUCCCCACCAGCCACUCUUUGGCAGGUGGCCUUGGAGAGUUAGCUUUCCCAGGCUGGCGGCCAGGAGCCCCCUGCCCCCUUCUCAGCUGCGGUUUCACCGCCAGAGAGCCUGGCUAACUUUCCCAAAUGCCUUCAUAUACACAGUCCCAUGAGACUGACCUGGAGGGAACCAAGUCCAACAGGGAUAGGAGAAUGGCUCAAGAACAGAUCAAUGAGGCUAGAAGCAAACUACGGGGUGGUGCUACUUCUACCCUGUCCGGUGUCCUCCCAGGCCUGAUGCAUUCCCGGGGCCUCCAGACCACAGCUGCCCUGGGGCAGACCUUCCAGCCUACAGCUGCAAAGAUCACUCCCGUGAUCCCACAGAGAAUGAGCAGAGGAGUCUGAUGCAAGGGGACAGUGCCUGGGUGUUCUGGAUUUACAAACCAGGGUCAAAACCACAGAUAAGGAAACGGAGCAGCAGAGAAUGUGUCCCUUCAGCCCCCAUGAGACCAAGUGUUCACACACCAGGCAGAACACCAGCACAGGGCCACCCGCUGCCCAGGUCAGUCCCUCCCCGGCGCCUGCGGAUUCUUGGAAGGGACAUCUUUGGGGGCAGCACUGUCCUCUGCUUGCUGCCCAGCUUUUGAAAAGCUAGCUCCCUGCUGGGCACUGGCACUGAGUCACGGAAGAGAAACUGUAAACUGGGCUUUCUAGAAGUCAGGGGCUCACACUUGGGACAGCCUGGUAUGGAAGGAAUGCUGAACCAGUGGUCAGCCUGGCCCAAGCUCAAAGCCACGUCUCCGUCCUUCCCAGUGAGCGUGGACAGAGCAAGUCCAUGGCACAGGCAGGCUGGCAAUAAGGAGGGCACCCCCCAGCACGUCCCUGGGCUCUGACACCAGGAUGCCCUGAUCCACCUUCCUCUGCGGAGAAAGCGUGUGUGGCUCAGCAAGCCCAGACAGAGCCCCCUCCCCCCGUGGAAGCAACCUGGGCCUGGCCGUGUGUCUGUUCUGACCCUCGUGACAGACUCACAGCCAUGGUCCAUGCCCAGUGACCCCGCAGACAAGGAAAACAGCCCUGACGCGAGCCCUCUGUAUUUCCAGCAUCUUCAGAGAGACUACUGAUCCAAAUUGUUGCUGAUGGCAAAGAAGAACAACUUAAAAUAUAUACGAACUUCAAGAAGUGAUACAAAGCUAAUGUUUUAAACAUGCACCCAUAGCACCAUUCAUGAAAUGCUGCUAGUUUCAGCAACAAAGUCUGCCCUGGCGUGGCCUGGCAGGCAUGGCCAUGUUCCUCAAGUCGCUCUGAUCCUGUUUCCCAGGGUGCAGAGCUGGUUUCUUUCUUUCUUUCUUUCUUUCUUUUUUUUUUUAAGAUUUUAUUUAUUUAUUUGGGAGAGAGAGGGUGUGAGAGAGAGAAAGAGAAAGAGCAGGAGCAGAGGGAGGAUUAGAGGGAGAAGCAGGCUUCCUGCUGAGCAGGGAGCCCAAUGUGGGGCUCGAUCCCAGGACCCUGGGACCAUGACCUGAGCCGAGGGCAGACUCCCAAUCGACUGAGCCACCCAGGCGCCCACAGAGCUGGUUUCUGCCAACACUGGAUGUUUUCCGAGGACCCUCCACGUCCUGGCACAAAUGCCCGCUGGGAGCCUGGCUCAGGUCCAGCACCAACAUGCGCAUCCUCUCUUUCUCAAGGAACUCAGGGAGAACAGUGUCAGCAAACUCUCAGAGUGACAGAGGUCAGCCCAUUAAGGUGCAUGUGGGUGAAGGGACGCUGGCCUCUGGAAGGCAGGUGGCCCGAGGAUCGACCCAGGCCUGAGGCGGGAGGGAGGAGGGGGAGAGGGGGUCCAGGGGCCAGUGGAGCCUGGGGGAGCACGGGAGCACCUCUUACCAGGGACUGGUUUACCCAGUUCACUAGCUGGUCACCUGGCAAGACCCCUGGGAGUGGAGCAGGCUCGGGGAAGAGGGGCAGAUGCUGGGGUGGGGGCUGCAGGUUGGCCUGACCAUGGGGCUGGGCUGCAGGGGGCCAGCUGGCUGUGCAGCCUGGGGAGGGGAGGGCCCUGGGCUGGCCCUGGGCUGGGGCCAGGUGCCGUGGGUGGGAGGCUAUUGCCUUCAAGGCUCCUAGACUUUGCUUAUCCCCUUUCUCAGGGGACAGAGUCCCCUGGGGGUGGGGCUCUGCUCCGGUCAAGGACCCAGAUUCUGGUGAGAGGGGCGUUUGCUGCCCAUCCGCACCCUCUGCUGGAGGGCGGACACCCCAACUUCUGAUCUUUGACUCGCUCAUUCAGAAGCACACUUGGUUGCUGCCCUGGGGCCCUCAAGUCCCUGGGCAGAGGAUGAUUCAGGGCAUGUCCAUGUAAGCAGUGACCCUCCCAUGCCCAAGGUGGGGUGGGGCAGGAAACUUCCCCAGAGAGUAGAGGCUCCUCACACAGGGGGACCCCCAAACGGUCUCAGGUCCUACUGUGUGGACCAGACGACUGGUUUCUGAUUCUACUGUAAUCCUGCAAGGCUGCGGGAGGCUGGGGACGAGGUGCGGGGAUACUGGGCAAGCUGCCCGGAGUCCCACCGAGUCACGCCCUGCGUGCUGAGCCCCGGAGUGCCUGGCUGCGUUCCAGCGGCUGUUCCGACGUGCUUGAUGGCAGCCCUAGUGGAAGAGGUUGUACGGUGCUCUGGAGCACACACACCUGUGUGCAGACCGCUGCAGGACCGGUGAGGCCACCAGCUUCCCCUCACCCUGUCCCACGCCCUCACCAGGGGCUCCUGGGCCACUGAGCGCUGGGACCUGCAGUGGUGCGCGGGGGGGCUCUUCAGGAGGGCCUGAUCCACGAGCUGGACGCAUUUGGAGGCCCCAUCCCGCUCCCCUGCCCGGUGGGAGAUGUUCCAAGGACUCAGCCUGGGGAGAGUGGGUGCUGUUGAGACCACCUGGACAGUAGACGUGACUGAACCCCGUGAAGGCUUCUAUAUAAACUUCUAAGAUCCUGGCAGGCAGGCGCAGGGAGCUUUGCGUGUCGAGGUCGCCCACGACAAGCCUUGUCCGUAAAUUCCCUUGCUUGUUAAGACAGCCACCUGCCAGUCUGGAGGCGCCUGCCUCUUUCUUCAGUUGCUCUUGGCCCUCUGUAUAUGGGGCCCCGUUUUGAAUUUCACCCAGGAAGCUCCCGGGGUUUCAAACCAACAAAUGGCAAAGCAUGGAUGCAGACAUAGUGAAUGUGCUCCAUUAAAUUCUUGCCCCUGUUUUCAGAGGGUGAGCAGAGCAUGGUGGGAACCUUUAUUUAUCAGGGCUCAUAGCCACAGAUGUUGGUUAGCCUCCCCUGGCACCUGAAGGGGGCCGGCAGGGCUGUGCCCAGUGGUGAAACCAUGCAGAGCCUUGCCCUGCAGAGCCCCGGGGACUGUCAGCUUAUAUGUCCACUCUGCCAGGCCACAGUGCCCAGGGCGUGGUCAAACAUCACCUGAAUGCCGCUGUGAAGGUGUUUUUAGGUGCGAUUAAUCUCGAUGUGAGCAGACUCUGAGCCUCCUCCAUCAUGUGUGGGCCACAUCCAAUCAGUUGAAGGUGUCAAAAGAAAAGUCUGAGGGCCGCCAAGGAGGGGUUCUCCUCCGAGGGCCUCCGGCUGCGAGCGGCAGCCUCAGCUCUACCUGCGUCUCCAGCCCCACAAGCCCGUGAGCGAAAUGCUGCAAACCUCCCGUCUCCCCCAGUCUCCCCUGCACGUACAUCCUGUGGGUUCCAUCUCCAUUUCAUGGAGAACGCUGACUACUACUUCCCAGAUCCCACACCCACUUUCCUCAUCUACACACGCGGUCUGGAGGGCAAGGCCCCCGGCGCAGCGCGUGGGAGCUGCCUGCGUCCUCCUACGCUUGUCCUGGACCCCGGGGCCCAGCUGCCCUGUCUGCUCGGCUGCCCCGGGAUGCCUUUUCCUUCCCUUCUCUCCCCACUGGCCAUGCACCUGCUGCCGGAAGGCCACUGCUCCCGUCACUCUGACGCUUUCCUCUGUUCCUCUGUCCACCUGUGGUCCCUUGCUGGGGCCCCCGGGGCAGCCUGCUCACCCUGACAGCCUCCAUCCUCCCUUCGCCUCUCCACACAGGGGCCUGGGCAUCCGGACACUAUGAUGGGACAACAUGAGGGCCCCACUGUCCCUCGGCCCCUCUAACCCUGGCCGUGGUGGGCCGCCCUCCCCUUCCCCCCUGCCCUCCCCCUGCCCUCUCCUGGUCUGGAAUUCCCCAAGCCCCCCACCAGGACCUUCAGUCCCAGCAUCCCUCCACCUGCAAAAUGCUACCUCAGACCCCGGCUCCUUCCCACCACCUGCCCCGACCCCGAGACGCCCGGGCUGAUGGCCACACAGACCGUUCUGCCAUCGAAUCUGUGGGUGUCCUCACGCUGUGACCCUUGCCUCUCGGGGCAGGUCCCCAGGGCCCUGCAGACGUGCGAGACCAGCAAUGCCGAGGUGCUCUCCUCAGAGCACCAGCCCCACCGUGGCACCACCUUUCCCUGUGACGCAGUGAGGGUCUCUGUCUGGGGCUUCCUGGAUGGGAGCAGAGUGGAGGCCUGUGUGUCCUGCCAUCAGCCUGACUCAGAGCACACAGCAGGUGCCCCACGGACAGUUGGUCAAAGAAAGAACCGAUUCCAGUGAUUUCAACAGUGCCUCCCUCACCCCCCAUUAAGCCUCUUCCUGGGGGCCACGCGGCAGUCCCAGCCAGGCCAGCAGGCAAGGGCAACCUAGGAGAACAGGGCCUGUCCCCGGUGGCCUCGAGCUGGCGCGGCAGGCGCAGGGCAGGGUGAGCCAGGCCUCGGGGCUCAGUGGGCUCAUCUAAGCAGACUCUCAGCCUCCUUCUUGGGGGUCCCACGGUGACCGUUGGGGUCACGCCUGCACUGUCCCAAGAGCAGGAUUUGGUGUCCUGGGUGUCAUGGACACUCCAUAAACAUCCACUCCUUCCUCCUCCAUUAAACUGCCGGUGGAAGUAACCCGGGUCUUGACCCCCUCGCGGAUCACUGUGCUACUUCUCAACAUCGCAGAGUGUGGGCCAUGUCCGGGGAGCAGCCCUCACCGGCGCCACCACCCCCGUCCCUCCGAGAGCUCCCAGAGGAGGGGGUGUUGAGGCAGGGUCCUGGCCAGGUGCCAUCGGCAGGACAGUGAGAGCCCAGGGUCACGCGGGCAGCUGGAGAAGCUCAGGCCAGAAUUAAGGGGCCGACACCCCGCAGCACUGAGUGGGUGCUGGUCCGUAGCCUGCCGCAGUCACCGUCGGAACGCCGGUGUUGCAAGUGGGCUGGCUCCUCUGGGACAAGCUCACACCAGCCUCCCGGCCGGGCUCCCCAGCUACAACACGAGCGGGCACGCGGACAGGCCGCCGAGCCGGGGGGUGCAAGGGAAAGGCUGGGAGCGCCACUGGCCGCCUAGGCCCACCGUGCUGCCCCUGCCCCCCCACCCCUGCCCUGGGUGCCCAGGGUCACAUCACGUGUUCAACGGGAUGGCAGAAGAGCUAAGACCAGGUGACCACAGCACCGCUGUGGUGAGAGCUCUGCUCGACAACAGGUGUUGUCUGACAGUUCCCAGGCCUGGGGUCGGGCCCCGAGAGUGACCAGAGCUGCUCUUCAAAGCCCCGUCCUUUGAAAAACAGAACGCACAAUUCCUGUCCCGUACAAAGUGCACGGUCUGAGCCUUAGGAUGGUACUUCAAACAAAAAUUUAAGCAAGGGAUUCUGGGUGGGAAAGAUCUCUGGAAACCACUGUCUUAAGAAUCCUGAGACUUCAGAACAAACGUGGACACCUCCUACAAGUAAAGAAAUGGUUCUGUCACUCGCUAAACAAAGAAAGCAUUCGUACAAGAGCAGACAAGCUGCACUGUAAUUAACACCUCCCCACCCGGGUUCUCAGCCCCAUGCACCCAUGUGAGCCCUCUUGCCGGGAUUAAGUAAAGGAACAUGAAACGUGCCAGAAAAGCUGCGGAUUUACUCACAUCCUAUAUGUUAUCCGUAGACGGUUUAACGCACUGCAAGAGCAAAAUGCCUCCGUUAGCCAAAGCUGGCCAUCAAAGCUCCUCAGACUUUACAGCAACUUCUAGAAGAAACAGGAUGCAGACCUUCUCCAGGACCGUCAGGAGGGCCGAGUGCAUGGCUGAGCAGAUGGGACAAAACAGACAGCUCGGGGCAGACCAGUCUGGCUAUGGGGGGCCAGGUAAGCAGGCAGUGCCCCCCGGCCUGGACAGCUGGACACCCCCCCACCCCCUCGGCCACGGCCACGGCCUGCCGAAAAGCACACCAGAGAGCUAGGGUUCCUGCCUUCCUUGGUCUUCUAAGGGCUGAGGGUUUCCUGAGGUUGGAUUCCACAUCUCUCGUUCGCUGCAGGGCUUUGGGGCCACACCUGAGCCCCAAGAGGAUUUCACUGUGUUUAACCAAGCCAGGCCUGCAGGUGCCCUGGCGCCCCACGAUCCCGGUCACCAGAAAAUCUGCACCGCCCGAAAGAAUGAGUCGGACACGACUUACAGAGCCUCCUCUUGUCGGCACACACCUGCUCCCAAAGGUAAACAAUCAACCCAGGCCCUGGGCUGACCUUCCUCCGGGUCUCUUCUAAGACAGGCUGGAUCCGGGUGGGCGGGUGUGGGACCCAGUUCACUUUCUGCUGACCCUUAAUUGUUGGGGGCUGGGGUCCCACAGAGGAGGGGGAUGGGCCUGUGUCGGGCCGCCCGGCUGGCAGCAACCUUCCCACAGUUUGCUUCAAAGGUCCACUCAGGUGGGAACAUGCCUGCACUCACGCACUGACUCCUCGGACCACGACCCCCGUGGUCACCUCUGACCCCGCACUCACAGACCCACCCCACCUCCCCAACCACUGUCUGCUCACUUUCGCCCUAGCCUUAUUUCCAGGAGCUUUAGAGGGCCUCCUGGAACAAAGGAAACAUCCCCCACUUUGUGAUUAAAUGCUAAGAUGUCAUUUUGUCACCUCCCACCCCCACACACCCCUACACAAACUACCCAAACCACCUAAGCCUGCACACCCGGCAGUGGGUCCUGCACCACUGGGGUCUGUACCCCUCCCUCCCCCACCCUUAGGAGCAGGGAGGUGACCCCCUCCUGUGUUUCCCCUCAAUGCUUUCCACCAAGGCCACAACAAGGCUGCCCGCCCCGAAGACCCAAAUCCCCGCCAGCCUCCUCCAAGUCUGUUUAGGCACUUUUGACUCCAGCCCCUCCAAACAAGCUCAG